AUGGCAUCCACCCGCUCCCUCACAGCCAAAGCCAGCGUCGAACAUCUCUGGAAAGGCCUCGGUCUCCCGGACUCCGCCCUGGCGUCACUGCACCUCCACGGCUCUGACCUCUGUCUCCCAUCCUCCUUCAAAAUCGCCGACCUUGCCCAAGCCUCCAUCGGGCUCUCCGCCCUGCUCGCCGCGCAGAUCUACGCUCUGCGCAACGCCCUCCCCACCCCACCACCCGUCACUGUCCCGCGCCUCCACGCCGCCAUCGAGUUCAAAUCCGAGCGCCUCUACACCCUCCCGCACCCCAUCCCCGACGCCUGGGGCCCCAUCGGCGGCCUGCACCGCUGCGCCGACGGCUACAUCCGCCUCCACGAUAACUUCCCGCACCACCGCGCCGCCGCCACGACCCUGCUCGGCUGCGCCGCCAACGCCGACCGCGCCACCGUCGCCGCGCACAUCGCCGCCUGGCGCGCCCACGACCUCGAAGCCGCCGCCGUCGCCCACGGCGCCGUCCUUGCCGCCCUGCGCUUGCCCGCAGAAUGGGACCCCACGCCCCAGGCCCGUGCCGUCCCGGACUUCCCCAUCGUCCUGCGCCGCAUCGGCGACGCCCCGAUCGGCCUGCCGGUGCGCGGCGCAGCCGAUAAGGCCCUCCGCGGCCUGCGCGUGCUCGAGCUCUCGCGCGUCAUCGCCGCCCCCGUCGCCGGCCGCACCCUCGCCGCCCACGGCGCCGACGUCCUCUGGGUGACCAGCCCCAACCUGCCGGACCUCCCGGCCAUCGACCGCGACACCGCGCGCGGAAAGCGCUCCGUGCAUGUGGACCUGCGCACGGAGGACGGCGUGCGCGAGCUGCGCGGUCUGCUGGACGACGCGCACGUGUUCCUGCAGGGCUACCGGCCCGGCAGUCUGGCUGCGCGCGGAUUCGCGCCGGACGAGCUGGCGCGUCGGUAUGCCGGCCGCGGGAUUAUCUGCGCCAAUCUGUCGGCGUAUGGGCCGUUCGGGCCGUGGGCUGACCGGCGCGGGUUCGACUCGCUUGUGCAGACGUGUUCGGGCAUGAAUGUGUCUGAGGCGGAGCAUUAUGGGGCUGGUGAGCCGGCGCGUCCGAUGCCUUGCCAGGCGCUGGACCAUGGCGCUGGGUACUUUCUGGCAGCGGGGAUCCAGGCCGCGCUGUAUAAGCAGGCGACCGAGGGUGGGUCGUGGGAGGUGGAUGUGUCGCUGGCGGCCGUUAUGAAGUAUCUGCGGUCGUUGGGGCAGUAUGAGGGGCGGUCGGGCUUUGACAGCGGCGACUACACAUGUACGGCGGACGUGCCGGCCGAGUAUCUGGAGACCCGCGAGACUGGGUUUGGCGAGAUGACAGCUGUGCGGCAUUCGGCGUCGAUUGAAGGCGUCUGCGUGGGAUGGGAUGUCAUGCCGAAGCCGUUGGGAUCGGACGAGAAGAGAUGGCUGUAG